GAUCCUUGUAAACCUUCGGGUGCGCUACAUCGCUACGUCGUCAGCUGUCUUUCUGGAACAGCUCGAACGAACUUGUCACGCGGCUAGUCUUACCAGACAGCGGCGGAAUUUCAGUGACUGCCAUAGAGGCUGUGAGACAGAACGUUAAACAUGGCAGGGGAAACGGUGAAAGUCCAGCAACGGACUGAGAACCGGAAACUCAAGGCCUUCUCCGAUGAUGAGGAAUCGCACUGGAAUGGACCUUUCUGCUUCAUACAAGCUGCCGACACCCAGCUCGGGUUGUACGACGUGCAUAUCAGAAAAUUUGACGAGCCUGACGUUACCUGGUCGUACGAAGUCACUCGGACGAAGAUGGCUAUCCAGGCUGCGAAUCGCAUGUCGCCGCGACCGAGGUUCUUCAUCGUCUGCGGCGAUCUCGUAAAUGCUUUCCCUGGAACCGUGAACAGGGAAGCGCAAGAAAGAGACUGGCACGAGACUUUCGAAGAACUGGAUGACCAGAUCCCUCUCGUUUGUGUCUGCGGGAACCACGACUUGGGAAAUACUCCGACUGCCAGUACGAUACAGGGCUAUGUGAGAUCGUUCGGAACCGACGAUUAUUUCACUUUCUGGUGCGGUGGCGUGUACAACAUCGUCCUCAACUCGCAGUUCUUCGAGGAUCCUUCCCAAGUACAAGACCUCGCGGAUGCUCACCUGAAAUGGAUUGAUGAGCAGCUAGCUCAUGCGAAGUCGAAGGCUGCUACCCAUAUCUUCGUAUUCCAACACAUCCCAUUCUUCCUAGAGAGCUUUGACGAAGCGAAGCAGUAUUUCAAUCUGGAUAAUCCCUUCAGAUUGACGAUGCUCGACAAGUUCGAAUCGGCAGGUGUCAAAGCGAUUUUCUGUGGUCAUUACCACCGAAACGGCGGUGGGAGAUACAAAGGGAUCGAAGAAGUUGUCACAAAUGCAGUCGGACUGUCUUUUGGAGAAAAUGAACCGUCAGGCCUCCGAGUUGUGAAUGUGUACCAAGACAGGUUUGAGCACAAGUAUUACCCCGUGACCGACAUUCCUCUAGAUCCAGGUCUCGCAGAAAAGUGAGCUUAUCGUUCGAGGAACCGAAAAAUCAAGGGAUGUUAUAACUCACUCAGAAUGUCGUUGAAUAAACGUAAUGUUUUUUA